AUGUUUAUCCAUCCAGCACGAUGCUUUGUCCGGUCGUUGACAACCAAGCACUCGUUCCUACUCGCACCUCAACAGAUUUUGCCUCGCCACUACCAAGCCACUCGAUUAUUUGUUGGCGCAUUGGAGGAAACGAAGGAAAGUACAGCAUCGACGACAGAAUCCAAGUCUAUUCCACGAGUUACGUUGAAACGAAAUCGACAAACCAAAGCCUUUCGGGACGGAACUCAGCUGGUAUUUUCCAAAUCCAUUGACAAGACCCCCAAGAAAUUGCAAUCGGGAGAUUUGGUGGCUGUGGAUGUCCCCGUUUCUAACGACGCCAACAAUACGCAAACCACAGUGGUCGGCGUUGGAGUAUACAAUCCUGAUUCCAUGUAUCGGGUGCGAAUCCUGUGUCAUACCUUUUUGAAUGCCGACCUAAAGUUGGAGUCUAUGGAUCCCGAAAUUGCCUUAUCGACCAUUCUGAAGCUGCAGUUCGACAAGGCACUAGAAACGCGAAGAACCAUUGGAUUGCCAUCGAGCGAUACCGAUACUUUCCGACUAUUCAAUGGGGAAGGAGAUGGAUUGUCUGGGCUGGCAGUCGAUAUUGUUGGUGGCAAUACAGCAGUUAUCAUGUCAUCAGCAGCUUGGUGCCAAUUGCAUCAAUCGUCUAUCCUCAAGUCACUACAGGAGGUACUACCGGAGAUGGAUCUAGUGUGGAAAACGACUCCAUCGCGGCUCCGUCAAGAUGGAUACGAAGAGCCGGAAGAAUCGGACGAAGUGCCAGAGGAAGAGAACGAAGAACCUGUCAUUGUGACCGAAAAUGCGCUGUGUGAUGGAAAGAAGGUGCUGGAUCUCUGCUGUUAUCAUGGCGGUUUCUCCUUGAAUGCGGUCAAGAACAAUGCGGUACAUGUCACUGGUGUCGAUUCGUCGAAGGAUGCCAUCGAUACGUACACCGAAAAUGCCAAACUGAACGGGUUUGAGGAUCGCAUUGACUUUGUCCGAUCGGAUAUUUCCACAUUUAUGAAGUCUUGCAACGAGAAGUAUGACGUGAUUGUAUUGGAUCCGCCCAAACUUGCCCCGAGUAUGUCAACCUUGAACAAAGCCAGUAGAAAGUACAAAUCACUUAACAAGGAUGCUCUGGAACUAAUGAGUAACGAUGGCGGGAUAUUUAUGACCUGUACUUGUUCCUCUGCCAUGACUCAAAAAGAUGGAGGAAACUUUUUCCUUCAGACAAUCCAGCAAGCGAGUUUGUCGGCGAGACGAGAAAUAACACUUCUUCGAGUCAGUGGUGCAGCGCCAUGCCAUACACAGUCACCCGCAAGUUUCCCUGCUGGAAAUUAUUUGACAGCUGCGCUCUUUUACGUAAAACCGAAAAGUGGGACGGAUUAG